UUUGAGUUGUGGAUGUCGGACUUUCAACAAGUACAUCUCGAGUCACCGUCGUGCGUAUAAGCGUUUGUGCAAAUUUAUCAGGUCUCUCCCAAAGUGUGCAAGUGCCGAAACCAUGGAAGAUUUUACGAGAAAAGAGAAAUUUAUCGCACUCGUGGGCAUUUUACUCCUUGGACUUAUUAAUGGAUCACUUGGAAAUUUGCCCUCUACUAUAAAAACAUGCUCAAGGAAUCUUCCACGACCGGAGGAAUGCAUAAUUGAUGCUGUGGAAAGACUGCGACCCGAUUUGUCUGUUGGGGAUCUUGGGGAGAACUUCAAGACUCCACCAUUGGAGCCCAUGAUGAUUGAGAACAUCGAAAUGCAUCGUGGACAGGAGUUUAGGGCUACGUUUACCAAUCUCCUGGUCAGCGGUCCCAGUCAAUUUGUCGUUGAGAAGCUCAAAGCCGAUAUUAAUAAUCUGGCCUUUGACUUCAAUAUUUUUCUGCCUCAAUUGAAUUUCACUGGGAAAUAUGCCUUGAAAAUCCGCAUUCUCUUGCUUGACAUCGGAGGCAAAGGAAAUGUUCGAGGAACUCUUUCACGAACGAGAGCUUCAGUGAAGUUGCGAGGAAACAAGGUGAUGGAGGAUGGUGUCGAGAGGGUGCGAUUCAAUCGACUUCAGGCCAAGAUCAAGAUUGAGGAUCAGAAGAUCUUCUUGGACAACCUCUUCAAUGGUGAUCCUGUAUUGGGACAAGUGGGAAAUCAAGUGAUCAACGACAACUCGAAGCUCUUCUUGAAUGAAAUCAUUCCCGGCCUGGAGAAGAGUCUGUCCAAGACAUUCCUUGAUAUCGCCAACAACAUUCUUAAGGAUUCCACAUUUGACGAAAUGUUUCCAGACGUAUAAUUCAACGAAAUCCAUCGUCAUCUCCCAUCCUCAUUUUAUGAUACCAGAAGUGACGGCCUCAGCAGAGUGGUGUGCGAAUUUUAUAAAUAGAAAGGGAAAAAUGUGUAAUUGAAAGAUUGUACAAUUUUGCUAUUUAUGUAGAUUUUUACUUGCAACAAGUAAACAUAUUAACUGAGAGUAGUUUUUUACUUCCUUCGCAUUAU